GUCCAGAUCUCCUCCCGUCCGCUUCCAUCGCCGUGCGUGCAGCGCCCUCAAAGCCUCACCGCCACCAGUCCUGCGCCGUCGACCUUGCGUGCUCCGUCGCUGGGAAGACGCCGUGCGACUGAGGGAUCCACUCGGCGGGAUGUGAUGCUGGCCGUUUCGCAUCGCUCCUCCGCGUUACCUACAUUAUUACACCGCGGUGUCAUGGACGAGUCUGGCACCAUCAACCCGUCUGCUCUUCACGCGUCCGCCAACACUAUCGCCCCCAAUCUUCUCUCGCAAACCCAACCGAGCCCGCGCGGCAUCAAACGCAGUCGCUCGCCUGAUGGUUAUACCGCGAAUGAUAACGACGGCGCAGAUGACGCCAAGACUGGAAGCAUCAACAUCAACAAGGCUCGGAAACUAAAGGCCGGCGAAAGUCCCGCGCCAUCGCAAAUGACGGUCGCCGCCAACAUGCCGCCGCACGCGGUGCAGACACCGCAGCAACGCACAUCCUCGCUGCCGCAGCAGUCACCCAGCCAGGCCUCGCCGCAACGUUCGACACCUGGAUCCGCGACGAAGCCAGCCACGAUCAAAGCGCUGCCGACCGUACGCGACCACACGACCGAUCAACUCGGCCCAGAAGGCGACGAAUACCUUCCACGCGAAAUCGACGAUCAUGGAGAGACAAAAGUGUCGCGCGAUGGAUACCCGCUGGACGGUCGCAAAUACAAAUGUCGAACCUUUCAGGUUCCCAAUCGAGGAGAGAAGCUUUUCAUGCUGGCCACGGAAUGUGCGCGCGUGCUGGGAUAUCGCGACUCUUACCUAUUGUUCAACAAGAAUCGGUCGCUGUUCAAGAUCAUCGCCAAUCAGACGGAAAAGGACAACCUCAUACAUCAAGAGAUACUCCCAUACUCGUAUCGAUCGCGACAAAUAGCCAUCGUCACGGCUCGCUCAAUGUUUCGACAAUUCGGCAGUCGCUUGAUCGAAGGUGGCAGACGCGUCCGCGACGACUACUGGGAAGCCAAGGCGAUCAAGCAGGGCUUCACCGAGGAGGACGCUGCGGGCGAGAAACGACCAGGAGCGGCCAAGCAAAGGGAACAGGCUGCCGCUGAAGCCAGCCAGGCGAAUGUGUUGACAUCGCUUCCUCAAGGCGAGAUCAUCUACAGCAACAGCGGGCAUGGGUUCGAUGGUCAACCGCCAGGAAUGGGUCCCGUGUCACUUGCGCCGCUAUCGAUGAUACACAUCCCGAGCGAAGACUUGCGACUGGGAGGCAUGGGAGGGAAUGUUCUUCGUCCCAGGCAGGAGAUCAACGCUCCAGCUUACAUCGAUCGAAGCCAGCCAAGCAGUGCGAACGAGAUUCUCACGCAGGCUGGUCAGGCCGCCGAAUUCAACAAGCAGUUGAGCCAGACGCGCGAACACCGUGCCAAAUACCUGGACGACUACUGGCGACGACCGCACGAGCAGCCAACUACGGAAGCUCAACCUGGUCAGAACGAUGUGAACUCCAUCGCGCCGCAGAACUUGCAGAGCCCGCAAGCUGUCGCCGGAAUGCACCAACAUCGCAAUCAACAGGAGCAAAUGUCGCACGCUGCCUCUCAGAUGAUGUCGCAGAACUACUCGACUUACGGAGGGCAGCAGCCAAGUAUGACUUCGCCUGUGCAGUCCAUGCAUCGCGGCCUUCCGCCGAACCAAAUGCAGCAUGGCUCGCCACCAAUGAACAUGCCCGGAUCCGCUCAUCGUCAAACUCCUUCGUAUGGUGGCUACUCCCAGAACCAGAUGUGGCCACCUCCACAGCCUCAACCAUCGCCGCUCUCGCAAUCUCACAUCUCAGCAUACAAUCAGCAGCAACAACACCACUCUCCCAUGCCGCCGCCACAAAUGCCGCAACCGGGUAUGGGUUAUCCUCAGAUGAACCAGAUGAGCAACCCAGCCUACACUGGUAUGGCGCGCAGCAUGUAUCAGCCCAAUCCGAAUCAAUUUACCAUGGGACCUCAGUCCGGUGCUGGCCAACAGCCCGGCAUGCAAGGCUGGACCACUCCCGGCAGUAGCAACCUGCCGCAGAAUUACGGAUACCAGUGAUCUUGACAUCACACAUCAGCAUGAGAAGAGACCUUACCUCUUGCAUCGAUGGUCAUCUUCAUCCUCCCUGACGGACCAUCAUACCACCGCGCAACCGGUGGUGACAUGAAUCGCGCUUUGUGGCCAGCUUCUCAGUGGCUCGCCCAACCAUCAGCAUACCUCCCCCAUCUAUUCCCUCGAUUCGCAUUCGCAUUUGCAAGGAGUUCGGCCGCCAUCACACAUCGUCCCAGCCGCCAUUCUUCAUCAUCCGUGCGACAGUCUCGCAAAGCAUACACUUCGAGCAUCCCAUCUCUAGCACGACAUCGAUGCGUGCUGCACGAAACACCCACCUUUUACCAUUCUUCUCCCCACCGAUCGGUCGACCUCGAAGUCUUGAUUCCCACCGGAUGAUGACUCCUGGACUCUCGACCGAAUCGGAUGGCAUUACUAGCAUAGCGCAUGGGACAUGUUGAGAGCCGAGGUGACGAUACCCAGAUGAUUUUUUCGCCGCGCUGUUCUUGCUUCUUCUUGCUUUCCCGCCUGGUUUUACCAUUCUUCUUGCUCUCCGAAUGCUUCUGUUUCCGACUUGAUGGAGUCCUGGCAUUGAUCCUUCUUUCUCCUUAUCCGCGCUGUUGUCCGUGGAAGAGGAGGUGCGCGGCGAGGCACGGGCGGCUGGAGCUUUCUUUCGGCAUUGUCAUUUGCUUCUAGAAUGAAUCUGGUUGGUCUGCAAGAUGUCAUUUCAUCAUGGAGCCGGCGCGAAUGCGAUGCAGUUGCGAUGUGUUGCUUUUGCGGGUGUUUAGCGGUAUACGCGCAUGAUAUCAAACAAUUCUUUGGCAGGUC